GAAAAAUUCGUAAAAUAUUGCAAACUAAGUGUGAUAAACUCUUAAUCUCGUGUCACAGUGUAGCAAAGUUGUUCGCGUCGGUUGCAAUUUGCUCACAGCAAUCUGCCUAUCAAAAUUGCAAUAUUCUAUGACAAUAUUUUGAAUGUUGCUCGCAAGAGAACAUCCGGUUUGACUGUAUUAAGUCUGUAAUAUAUUUCGCUGAAGAAAAGCUAAAUCAGGAAAAGCGUGGUUUUAAUAAUUUCAUAUUUAUAUUUUGUAUUGGAUACAGCAAGUGAAUAAUCUUGCCGAAGGUUUAUUUGAUCUCAGGUAUGAAAUAUUACUGAUUAUAUCAUAUAAUUUUAUAUAUAUUAACGUUCAUCGCCGCCCUAUAUAAAUUUAUAAUAUCUCAUUUGUCUUGUGGCUGUUGCAUAUGUAACUGCGGUGCGGUAUGGCCAAACGUUUUUCCAAGAAUAUGAAAAUAUAUGCAUUAUUUUUCUCGUCUUCUUGCAAUAUAUAAUAUACAGGGUGUAUCAAAAAAAGCGCAACCUCGACUGAAAUGUAAAUUGCUAAACAAAUAAUAGACCAAAAGGCAAAACGUUAAAGUUUACAUUCAUUUUAAAGCGUAGCCAUUCAGCUUUCUAACAGUGGGUUGUUUCUUAAAUUUGACUCAUUGGUUCGCGGGUAAUAAUACUUUACGUUAUUGCGAUUGGAGAUUAAAAAAAUUGAGAUGGAAUAACAAAUCGUUCUCAUGAAAAUAACUGAUUUUUUCAUUAAAACAAAAAAAUGUUGCAUUUUAUUAAAUGGAUUGUAACAAUAAGUAUAAUUACGGCUUUUCUUCCACUAUUUUUAACUCAGUUUGAAACUUCAAAUGCGAUAUAAUUUUGGCUUGGACCAUCUAAGCUGACUGACAUCAACUUGCUAUAAUUUCCGUUUACAUUACAUCGCAAUUCGAUGACACUCUGGCUCAGACACCAGAAUGUUUUGACGAUUUUUAGCAUUCGUUUAGGAUUUUCAAACAACCUGGUCUCUUUUAAAAUACUUUUAAUUUGUUCUUACAUGGUUUUCCAGAUGUAGUGACGACAACAUUCUAACAUUUAAACCGACUAAACAAUAACAUAGUAAACUUGCAUAAUUAAACGGCAACUAAAAAUGAUAGGUUUUACUAAAUCUUUUCCUGUGCAAUUAUUACUAGCAUUGGAGACAAGGAUAAUAGUUUGUUUGAAAGAGAAAAGAACAGGCUUUGAAGUAAGCCUAAAAGCGUUUAACUAGAAAUAGUAUUUCGAAAGUUAUUAAGCACAAAAGAUGAAUUGCGUUUAUUUUGAUACACCCUGUAUAUGCUGCUUUAUAGUUGCGCCAAGUUUACGACAGACACAUCGCUUCCAUUUAGUUAAAUUUGUUAAAUAGUCCAAAAUCUUUUUACAAUCAAAACCACACCUCGAUUGUCAAUUUGGCUUGAUCAGUGUUUCUCAGUAUGAUAUUGUAACCGGUUGUUUCGCGAACGAGUCGUUUCGGCAAUGCACCUAUCAAUGUUUUCCCCCUGAGAGGGGGAUGCGGGCAACCCAAUGGAAUUUUGACAUUUUUAAAAUUUUGUAGUCAUUAAAUCCCCACUGUUGGGCAAGGAAGGGCUGUCAAAAUUCCUCACUAUAUUCCUAAGAUAACAAGGCACUUGUAUGUUUUCCAAUGCGAACAUACAGUCUAUACUGGUUUAAACUUGGUAAAAAUUGAGACACUGCGUAUAAAAUACCUUUUUCGAUGAAACUUGAUCUUGCUUCUCCGCCAUACUUGUUAAAAUUGGCGGUCAAAUUCCCCUCACUGGGGCUUCAUAGUGUGUUCAAAAUCCCCUGGGUCGCCCGCACACACCCCACACACCCCUCCCUAGGUGCACAACCGUGAGUUUGCAAACAUCUCGGUUCGAUUCGCCAACGUUUCCCCACAUUCUUAUGUCAGUUCACCAAUGCAACAUUUAAUCAUGGAUUGUAAAAUAAACAAUCCAUGAUUUACUUCACGUCUUUAUAAUAUGAAACCAUGAAACACAAACACUGUUUGUAGAAAAUAUGUUAGAACGUUGGUGAUCAAAAGCGUCACUAGCCGUCACUAAUUACCGUAGGUGUCUUUGGUUAUUGUUCUAUGCUCUAUUGUGGAAUUUUGUUAGUGCAGUGUACGGUUAACCCGUUGAGUCGUAUUGCACCCUGAUAACCCUACUUUAGUGUUUUACUCUGUCUAACGCCAGACGAUUUUAGAGGGCCCCCUAUACUUUUUGCGUGAAGCGUGAUGGGCUUAUUUUACUUAGCCGUGAAACGUGAUCGAUGAUUUUCUUAAUCUGUGAUUCGUGAUAGUAUGACUUCCAAUCUUUUUACGUGCACGUGAAGGAAAGAUUCGAUUUAACUGUGACCCGUGAAUGGCAGAUAGAAAUAUGCGGGAUUCGUGAAUCAUCUGUUUUGUGACCUUUUGUGUGAUCAGCUUUCCAAGGAAUAAAUACGGUUUGUUGCUGUUUUUUGAAGUACUUGAUGUACAGAAGCCUGUUUUCGACAUAGUUGGAGGUUUGAAAGCAUGUCGAGGUAAGUACAGACGAGUACAAUGAUUCUACAAUUAAGGAAGACAUCCAUAUAAUAAUUCGUGAAUUUUGUUUUAUUUACGUGAAUCGUGAUCGCUUCAAUUUUUCCGUGAACGUGAAGGAAUUUUUUCAAUUUUUCGUGACUCGUGAAAAGGCAAAAUAUUUUACGUGAAAGCAUAUUGUGAAGAGGUAUAGGGGGCCCUCAUUUUACUCGUCAAGGGGAGAGCGCUGGCGCUUAAUGGUUAACUGGCCUAUCUGCCCGCGUGUUUAUAGUUAACCCAUUGAGUCGUAUUGCACCCUGAUAACCCUACUUUAGUAUUUUACUCUGUCUAACGCCAGACGAUUUUACUCGUCAAGGAGAGAGCGCUGGCGCUUAAUGGGUUAAUCUUUGUAUUGUUUGACUCUUAGUUUGAAAACUCUUCAGUUGUGUUUGCUUGAAUGGUAUAUUAUAUGCAUAAAAACUUUCACAUUUCGUGAGUUUAAGGCCCUACAAAAAAAUUACUUUCUACAAACAAUAGAUUUAUAUAUCCAUGUCGUCCAUGUCUGAUAUGAACUAUAUGCAACGUUGGCGAACUGACUUAAGAACGUGGGCAAACGUUGGCGAAUCAACCUGAGACGUUGGCGAACUGAUAGUUGGCGAAACGACUCAUUGGCGAAACGACCGCAAUUCAUAUUUGCGAUGUUACUCUGAGUGUAUACAUAUCCAUGCCAGGCAAGCUUGAAAAAUAUGCCUGGCCACGAUGGGAAUCGAAUCUACGACCUUAGGAAUACUAGCCCAAUGCUCUGCCAACCGAGCUACGCGGUCAGGUCGGUUCGAGUAUCAUGUGAUAUUUCAGAACUGAGUCUAGUUCCUUCGACGUCAGUGUAAUCUAAUAAUCAUGAUUUGUUUGUGUUGGUGUUGUGUGAAUAUAAUAUUUGUGAUGUUACUCUGAGUGUGUAUCCACACUGGGCAAGCUUGAAAAAUAUGCCUGGCCACAGUGGGAAUCGAACCUACGGCCCAUAUUCCCUAAUUAGGCUUCAUUUUUUCCCUAAGUAGUAAGAAAAUACAAAUUCGUAUUUUAAUAUCAUACUGUCAUGUGAGUGGGGAGUAUUUUCUCUCAUGUAAAUAGCAGUUUAAAUAUGAAAAUGUUGAAUUUCUGAUGUAUAAACCGAACGUCAGUCUGACAAUAUCUUCCCAAAACAACUGCAAGUUGCUCAGGUCAACUUGCCAAUCAACAUUGCAAUUUUGCAUUGCAAUGUAACGUGCAAGAGAACACCCAAUUUUUUACUGUGAUGAGAUAAGAAGGCAAAACAACAGUUGCAGUGUAAUAUUAUCCAAUUAAAAAUUUUGUUGCAUCACUUGCCUGUUACCAAUCAACUGUACUACAUUUUGUUUAAUUUAACAUUUAUUAUUCGAUGUUUACCCUAAAAGCAAACUGCUUAUUGGGGCUUACAUCAAUACAUAUAUAACAAUAACAAGGCAUGAGAAAGUCUGCCAGCAUGCUGCCAGGAAAUUUUUUUGAUCUCACAGGAAAUGUUUAAGGAUUUAAAGCAAGAUAUCAAGAAUGUAGCCUGCGUAGCAGUCGCUAUUUAGGGGGGGGGAGGGCGAAAAAUGGAAGAAUGAAGCUCGAGAAAUUUCAAAAAUCAGCACUAAAGUAACAAACAUCACAAUCAGAGCAUAAAUACAACAAUCAUAACAUAAAAAUUUGUAUCAUGUGGCAGUGCUACGACUGUCUCUUUAAUAUGAUGAUUCAUGAUUAUGAUACAUGUGAAAAACAAGGGCGUACUACUAUUAUUGAAUAGUGCAUGAAUACUGAUAUAAAUUCACAUUUACAAUCUGAAAACAGAAUUCAAAUAUUGUUUCAUAGAAUUCCUUCAUGUUCCUAAUUCUAGUAAACCUAUAUUUUUCUUAAUAUUGAGGUAGUAUAUGGCAUGGCUUAUUAAGGUAGUAUAUACAACGCUGUUAUUGAAUUACAACCAAAAUUCAUAUUUUAUAAAAACAAUUGGCAGGAAAUCAGUUUUAGGUUUGGGAAGCCUGCUGCCAGGAAGAAAAAUAUUUUAUCUAGAAAUUACCUGAAUUUGUGUUCAUUUACCUGAAUUUCUUCUGCAAAUCUACCUGGAUUUACCUGAAAUUGCCCCCCCCCCCCGGUCGGCACGGCCCUGCACGUGAGUGGUUCAAGACCUCGCAAGCCUGUAAAUAACAUAUAUAUAUAUAUAUAUAAGUCAACAUCUUUUUUGAAGAAUUUCCUAGGCUUAGAUUUCUCGAAUUUGGGAAGAUUUCCUGAAUUUUCCUUCAUCCUGAAUUUUUCCUUUUUGAUAGUGAAAUUUCUGCAAAAGGGGUCGAUAUUCCUAGUAGGAAUAUUGCCCCCGGUGGCGAAUAUCCUAUGAGAUUCGCCUCCCCCUCCCCCCCCCCCAUAUAAAUUUUUAAUUUUUUAUCUAAAAAUAAAACGAUUGCAAGUUAAAAAGGGCGUUAUGAUUUAUUUAUUUAUUUAUAAGGGAGACAAAAUGACAUAGACAUUUUAGGCUGAGCUUUCAGCUGGUGGUGCGUACAGUCGGCAGAAUCACGCAUUUUGAAAACAUUUAAUAUGACAAAAUGUUUCUCAAUUUAUAUGACAAAAUGUUUCUGGGCCUUGAAUGGCUAUGACACGUUGUACAUACUAAGACUGUUUAGUUUAUAUUUUGAAAUUUGAUCAAUUCCAUCACGUUUGUCAAGACAAUGAUGAUGUGUAUCAAUGUUUACAACCACAGCCCACCGGGCACACGACGUUGUUUCAACGUUGAAAUUUGGUAGAAAAAAGGUUGCGACGUCGACAACCUAAUAUCUACGUUGCUCUGACGUUGUUUUACAAACAUUGGUUCAACAGCAGCCAACAGACGUUGAAUCAACGUUCAUUCAUGGUUAAAUGUACGACGUCGAUUUGUGAACCAAUCUCAACGUUGUUUUAACGUGGAUUCAACGUUGAAUUAUGGUUGACGAGAUUGGCAACCUAAUUUCUACGUUGUUUCAACGUCGAAACAGUAACGUCGAUCCAAUUUGCAUAGUCAACCCUUUUUCAACGUCUAUCCAACGUCUCAUGGAAGGUCAUUUCCAACGUUGAUUCAACGUUGGAUAAACGUCAUUUUGCCCGCUGGGAGGCGUACGGGAGUGUUAAAAUAGAAACUUGAAAACGAAAUUUGCCUGACUUUUGCAUUUUGCCCGACCAGUCAAAUUCGCUGCUAAACUUCGGUAUAAAUUUUUUUUUUUCAAUUUUUCCUAGAAAAGAGCAGCACCAAACAACUCCGUUCUCUUCAAAUGAUGCGUCGUCCCACAUUAGUAGUGCUUUCGAUUUUAUUGGGGACUUCUUUGUUCUUGUGUUGGAAGAUAUUUCGGAGCUAUGAUCAUGGUACAGUUCUGCAAGUUCUUCAAGAGGACGCUCACGAGAAUGUAUCUAGUGUUUCGCUUUUAAUAAGGAUGUCCGGCAAACGAGAAGAUCACAAGAUUCGAUUUUAUUGUAAUAUGCUCAAGACAGUGGUUCUCUUUUGGUCACCGUCGCUAGGUAAAAUGGUAAUUGUGCUCGACAAGGAAAUCGACGAGGAUCAUAAAUUUGGAGACCAACUCAGCAAACAGACCCGCGAACACUUUCCCAGCUAUACGUUUGAAAUAGGAUAUGAACCAUAUCCGAAAGAUGGAACUAUCUUAGAUUUCCCUCGUCGACUAAAACCGCCUAACUAUAAUCGCCAGUUAUGGAGCAGUUUCUUAAUCGACCUUUACACAAAUGACGACAUCGUAGCAUGGCUAGAUAGCGACUCGCCUUUCGUGUUCCCUGUCACAAUGCCAACUAUCAUCACCGACGGAAAAGUUAGAAUACUGGGCUCUAGUUGUACAAUGAGCAUCAGUUGGGUGAAGUCUUGGGCACGAACCACCGAAAAGGCGAUAGGGUUUCCCCAGGUGGCCGAUUUUAUGACCUAUUUUCCCGUGUACAUCUAUCGUGACACUUUCAUUCGUUGCAGGGAGUACAUACUUAAGAGAUUCAAGACUGACAACUUUGAAGCAGCGUUCAAGCAAUUCUACCAUACAGGAACUGGUGUCAUCUCCCCUGUCUCCGUUGUCAUAAGCUACGCCUGGUACUUCGAAAAGGAUCGAUACAGUUGGAAUUUAGAGAUUUGCGGCGAUCUCAAUGCGUACAAUAAAGGAUUGCCUGAAGGUCAUAAAAUUCAGCCUGAGCAUGUAAAAGGUGUCAUAACACUUCCACAAACAGCUUAUCACGGGCCUUUCAACACUGUCAACUUUUACGCAAAAUCCAUACCGAUGACUUACUGUUUGUUGCAGGUAGCCGCGGGACGAAAGGUUGCAAUGUGCGAGAAACACCCACCGUCUGACAUUAACUAUUUAUUACACCUUUUCAAUUCCGAUACGCAUGCCCACAGGAGAAAAAAUCCGCAUCCUUGCGCUGGCAAGAACCCGGCCGAGAGCACCAAAAGCUGUUUGGAUAUUUUAGAGCGUUACAUUGAAAAAAUCGGGGCAGAGAUUAGGACAAAUUUACGAAGAGUCGAAUGGCAAGAUUUCGAGAAGGUCGACACGUUUGUCCGUGAGGCUGGUCUAACCUGCCCUGCUCUUCCUGUCUAAAAAUGCUAAAUUCUUGGAAUUUUUUAAAAACAUGAGCGUGAUGACUAGAAUUUAACCAACAAUGAUCAUUCUGAGAAUAAUAUUUCAGAUUCAUCGUUUCGUUUACUUUAAGUUCUAGUAAUCGUCAGGAUUCCUUAUUUUAAUAUUUAUUUUAUAGCGAGAAUCAAUCCAACACUCAUUUGACGUCUGUAGUUUUUACCACGUGUUCAAAGUAGCCAACUUAUCGUAGCUGAACUAGUGAUCUUAAUUAUUUAAAUUAUUCUGUGGCAUUACCAGCGCUAUAUUUGAAAAUACGUUCUGUGCUUUUUCUCCAUAAAUAGGAUUACGAUGUCAAGUAUUAUACGCUUACCUAAUUACAUAUUUAGCCUAGAUAUACUUUAUCUUUACAACAAUUGUGAUAUCAGGGAAAGUACAUUUAUUAUGCCGAGGG